GAGAGUAUAAUAAGACCAGAGAGGAAGUGGGAUUUUGCAAAAGAAGAAAGUUGAAAGAAAGCAGUGAAAAAGGAAGCAAAAAUGACGAGCUUAUUGAGGACUUGGCUUGCUUUGGGAACCCUAGCUUUUCUCUUUAUCUCAUCGGUCUCAGCAGACGACGUCGUCGUGCUCUCCGAGGACAACUUCGAGAAGGAGGUCGGCCAAGAUCGCGGCGCUCUCGUCGAGUUCUACGCUCCUUGGUGUGGGCACUGUAAAAAGCUUGCUCCAGAGUAUGAGAAACUUGGUGCAAGUUUUAAGAAAGCAAAAUCUGUUGUCAUAGGGAAGGUGGACUGCGAUGAGCACAAGAGCCUUUGCAGCAAAUAUGGAGUUUCUGGAUACCCCACGAUUCAGUGGUUUCCCAAAGGGUCCCUAGAUCCGAAAAAGUAUGAAGGUGCACGUACUGCAGAAGCUCUUGCUGAAUUCGUGAAUAAAGAAGGAGGGACCAAUGUGAAGAUAGCUGCCAUUCCUUCCAGUGUUGUGGUACUUUCACCUGAUAAUUUUGAUGAGGUUGUCCUGGAUAAUACAAAAGAUGUUCUUGUUGAAUUCUAUGCACCAUGGUGUGGCCAUUGCAAAGCCCUGGCUCCUAUCUAUGAGAAGGUUGCAACUGUAUUUAAGUUGGACGAAGAUGUAGUGAUUGCUAAUCUUGAUGCUGACAAAUACAAGGAUUUGGGUGAAAAGUAUGACGUAAGUGGAUUUCCUACUUUGAAAUUUUUCCCCAAGAACAACAAGGAUGGUGAAGAUUAUAAUGGAGGCAGAGAUUUAGAUGAUUUUGUAGCUUUCAUUAACGAGAAGAGUGGCACUAGUAGAGAUUCAAAAGGACAACUAACUUCUCAGGCUGGUAUCGUUGAAUCUUUGGAUGAAUUGGUGAAAGAAUUUGUCAAGGCAAGCAAUGAUGAGAAGAAGGCAAUCUUUGCCAAGAUAGAGGAGGAAGUUGAGAAGCUUAAGGGUUCUGCUGCAAGAAACGGCAAGAUUUACCUGAAAGCUGUAAAGAGCAGUCUGGAGAAAGGUGGUGAUUAUGCUAAAAAUGAAAUUCAGCGGCUUGAGCGCAUUCUUGAAAAGUCAAUCAGCCCAGCCAAGGCAGAUGAAUUCACUCUCAAGAAGAACAUUCUAUCCACCUUUGUUUCAUCUUCAUGAGGAUUCUGGAGAGGAAUUAUGUUCUAUCUUCCAUGGUGAUCUCUGUAACCCAGCUCCCUAGGAUUCUACCUCCAGGAUUCUUCUGAGCUGGGGGAUUUUCUGUUAUCCAUGUACUCUUAAUGUUCCCUUUUAUGCACUUGGAAGUUAUAAUUAUAGAAAUGGAGGUUAGCUUGGUUACAAUUAACAAUAGCAUAGUAAUUUUGAAUGGGAAAUCUUAUUAUUACGGACUCUUUUUUUGUUGUAACAAGGCAUAAACUGAGAGCUGUUAGUGUUCGACCCCUUCUAUAGAAAUGAACAUGCAUUUUCUCGA